AAAUAGCUGCAUGACAAUGACAAUAAGCAUGCCCGCACCUGAUUCCUUAUGACGAGUGGCACAACAAGUAUGGUGGACAUCCGUGCAUCUGAAUACCUCUCAGAUUCCCGGUCCCGAAAUAAUCGCCUGGAUAGACACGUUUUCCUGAAGUGCAAGUGCGGACUGAAGAAGGACUUCUGGUUUGGUGCAAUUACAUUGGCACCGUCUGUGGGAACCGAACUGAAAGCUUGUCAACCCUCCACCAACCUUCCACCUCUGAUCCCACCUCAAAUCCCAACUCCACUUCCACCUCAGGUCCCAAUUGUGUUCCCUCCUGUUGAUCAUGCAGAAGGAGGAGAUGAAAACCAGCCUCAUGCCUCAGCUCACAAUUCAACUUCCACUACCAACCAAGACGUAGUGACAGCUCAGCUUGCUGCCAUGCAGCAACAGUUCGGUGUUUUUCAGUUAAUACUGGCUCAGCUUUUAUCCAGAAACAAUCCUGGUGACCCCCUCAUUAAUUUACUAAACCCUACUCAACAACCCCCAGCUCCACAACAAAAUCCCCAACCGGUUCAACCUGCUCCCGCUAUUAGCGAAUCUCAGGGUCAAUCCCAUAUAGCACCUGCUCAACAACCCAUCCCUGAUGAUGUUACUCGCCGCCUCGAUAGCUUGGAAAAGCUAGUAGCUGAACACCGAGGUGCUCCACCACCACACCAUGCUGCUGAUUCUAUACCUCACCCUCUGAAUACCAACAUUACACUGGAACCCAAUCCUGCUGGUUUCAAAAUACCACAACUAGAGACUUAUGAUGGGACGAAGGAUCCCGAUGAUCAUUUGCAUGCUUUCUACUCUUGCAUGCAAGCACAGAAUGCCUCUGACGCGUUGAUGUGCAAGAUCUUCCCCUCUACUCUCCGAGGUAAUGCCCGAACUUGGUAUUACAGUUUACCUCCGAGGUCAAUCAGCUCUUAUACAGAAAUGGCAUCUGCCUUUGCCACUAAGUUUUCUAGUAGAAGGUUGAUUAGGAAAACUACUUCUGAGCUGAUGCGAGUUAAACAGAGGGAUGGAGAAUCUCUGAAGAACUAUAUGAGUAGGUUCAAUGAUACAGUUUUAAAGGUUAGUUCCUUUGAUCAAGCUGUGGGAAUUGCAACUGUGAUCUCCGGUCUCAAGCAUGACAGGUUUAGAGACAGUUUGAUCAAACAUGCUGCCACCACCUUUAGCGAGGUGAAUGAUAGGUCUCUCAAAUUUAUAACUGCUGAGGAAUACGCCCUGGCACAAAACCUACCUUCCUCUAAGAACCAAAACCCAGAUUGGAGAGAUGACAACCCAAGCAGGAAGAGGAUGAGGAUGGCGCAGAACCGAGGUCCGAUGUUGACCUCCCCAACGAGAGUCGGAAAGCCGAACUCAACACCCCCGCAACAAUCUGCAGGUAAACCUCCAGUUAAUUGGACUCCCUUUAAUCUGUCGAGGUCACAGAUUUUUAUGCAGAUUAAGAACAAAAUGGACUUGAGACGUCCUGGCCCAAUGCGAACUGCUGCUACUAGUCGAGACCAUACCAGAUAUUGUGAUUUUCACCAAGAUCACGGCCAUACUAUAAAGCAGUGUAACAGUUUAAGGUCCGAACUGGAAAGUUUAGCUCAGAAAGGAAUGCUGAAUGAGUAUGUUCAGAGAGCUAAACAACCGAGGUUUGUCAGAGAGCAGAGGCCGCAGCCUCAAGGAGUCCGCAAUCCCCAAAAUAGACAAGGUGUGGGAUAUCAGCAAGCCCCACCUCCGCUCCCACCACCAGCUAGAAUCAUACACAUGAUUACGAGAGGCCUUGAAGUAGGAGGGCUGAGCUCUAAACAGCGAAAGCUGUAUGUUAGAGAGGUUAAGCAUCAGAACCGAGCUCAAAAGCGAAAAAUUGACGAUGCUGAGUGGAAAACUCAACCCAUUACUUUCACAUCUGCUGAUCUUGAUACAGUUGUUACACCCCACAAUGAUCCCUUGGUCACUUCUGUCAUAAUUAACAAUUGUGAAGUACAACGUGUCCUUGUUGAUACCGGAAGUGCACCAGAUAUCAUGAGUUCUUACCCUCCAUGUGGCUUUUGGGAGUGGCUGAACCUAUGUAACCCCUUCAAUCCGUCUCACCUCUGUAUGAAGUUCCCAACUCCUAUGGGAAUAGCAACACUGCGAGGAAACCAGGAAAUGGCUAGACAUUGUUAUAUCACCUCAGUAACACAACCAACGAAGGGUAAAGAUCAGACACCCGAGGCCAUUCCCCAGCAAAUUCCUAAUAAUCAGCAAGUUAUGGGUGUAGAGAUCGUCGAUAAUCGACCGGACGAUGAAACCAGAGCUGCUCCGGUCGAAGAAGUUGAAGAAGUGCUCAUUGAUGACAGAGAUCUGAGCCGAAAGACGCAAAUUGGAACUAGAUUGAACCCGAAAGAGAGAGCAGAGCUGAUAGCUUUUCUUCGAGCUAACAAUGAUGUAUUCGCAUGGACUUCGGCAGAUAUGCUAGGAAUUCCAAAAUCAGUGUCUCAACAUAAGCUCAGCACCAACCCAUUGAAGAAACCAGUGGCCCAGAAGCGACGUCUCUUCGGGGGGGAGAGACUUCAGGCUAUUAAAGAGGAGGUAGAGAAACUUCUACAAGCUGGUUUCGUCAGAAAAGUUGAUUAUUGCGAAUGGGUGGCUAACCCAGUCCUGGUGAAGAAGGCAAACGGCAAUGAGAGGUUAAGCCUCUUGGAUGCAUAUUCUGGGUAUCACCAGGUGCCGAUGGCUCCUGAAGAUGAAGAGAAAACCUCGUUCUAUGUUGGCGAUGAAAUUUAUUGCUAUGUCAUGAUGCCGUUUGGCUUAAAGAACGCUGGUGCUACUUAUCAGAAAAUGGUGACCAUCGUCUUCCAAGCUCAGAUCGGCAAAAAUCUGGAGGUGUAUGUCGAUGACAUCGUAGUAAAGAGCCGGAAAGUAGAAGACCAUCUAGCCGAUCUCGAUGAAACCUUCAACAACCUCAAAAAGAACAGGAUGCGGUUGAACCCAGCCAAAUGUAUUUUCGGCGUGGAGUCUGGAAAGUUUCUGGGUUUCAUGGUGUCCCGAAGAGGGAUUGAGGUUAAUCUAGAAAAAAUCAGAGCAAUUGCCGAGAUGGAACCACCGAAAUCAGUAAAAGAUAUACAGAGGUUGACUGGAAGAGUGGCAGCUCUUCAUCGAUUCAUAUCGAAGUCAGCAGAUAAGUGCCUGCCAUUCUUCAAGAUUAUGAGCUCGCCACCUCUAUUGACUAAGGCCAUCGAUGGGGAAAUUCUUUAUUUGUAUUUGGGGAUUUCAGAUGAAGCGAUUAGUUCAGUUCUGGUGAGAGAAGAAGCCAAACAACAGAAACCAAUCUAUUACAUCAACAGUGUGCUACACGGAGCAGAGCUAAGGUACCCUAUAGCUGAGAAAGCAACAUUAGCAGUUGUCACUUCGGCCAGGAAGUUGAGGCCAUAUUUCCAGUCACACCCAAUUAUUGUUCUCACAUAUCAACCUCUCAGGCAGAUUUUGCAGAAACCAGAGUGCUCCGGAAGAUUAAUUAAAAAGGGUUUAAGGGCUGGCGCUCUCUUGAUUGGUCCAGAGGGAUACCGAAGUGAACAUGCCCUGAAGUUCAACUUUGAUGCGACAAAUAACAUGGCUGAGUAUGAAGCUCUACUACUUGGUUUGCAACUAGCGUUGGAGUUGAAAAUCAAUGCAAUUCAAGUGUACAGUGAUUCCCAGCUGGUCGUAAACCAAAUCAACUCUAUCUGUGAAGUUGUUGAUCCUGUGAUGGUGAAGUAUGUAGCCUUGGUGGCCGAGCUGAAGUGCAAAUUCCAGAAAUUCUGUCUAAGUAAAAUCCCCCGAGCUGAGAAUGAACAGGCAGAUUCACUCUCCAAGUUUGCCUCUGAUAGCUCUUUAAGUUCCAGAUCCGUUUCUGUAGAGAUCUUAGAUGAACCAAGCUUCAUGAAGCCUUGGGUGAUGGAGAUUAGCACAAACCCAGACACGCCGAGCUGGACUGAUUCAAUCGUCUCCUUUUUGCGAGAUGGGAUAGUACCUGAAGACAGGCAGGAGGCAAUGAAGUUGAGAAAGAAAGCAUCUCGGUAUACCCUCGUUGAUGGAGUCCUGUAUAAGAGAUCUUUCUCACUUCCUCUUCUACGGUGUUUAAACCCUUAUGAAGCUGAAUAUGCACUUCGAGAGGUGCAUGAAGGUGUCUGUGGGAACCAUGUCGGUGCUAACUCUAGCUCACAAAGUCUUAAGGCAAGGAUAUUACUGGCCAAACAUGCAUAAAGAUGCCACUUACUUUGUUCAGAAAUGCCCGAAAUGUCAAUUCU